UAUGCCUCUUAGUGGCACCGGGGCUCGGCGCCGCUGGCUGGCUCCAUGUUUGUGGAAUGAAUCAAUCAUGACUCUCCUUCUCCUCUUCCUAACGAGGACUUUUUGAGGUCCACGUGCUGCAGAGCACCUUAGGGGGCCUCCUGAGAUAGGGGUCCCCCCCGCAUAGUGGAAGCCGGACUCCCAUUUCUCCCCCUCCUCUCUGCACUCCAGUCUGGAGACUCCCUUUGGGUUGGGUCUUGGGGGGUCGGGGAGAGGGGGCUUGUAGGCCCAGCCAGGUAGUUGUGGAAGGUGGGUCCCAGCGGGGGCUUGAGCCAGGGCUCUUACAAGGUUAUAGUGGAGGGGGUGCGCUGCGGAGGACAGCAGACACUGUCAGGCAGGGUCACUUGGCACCUCCAAGGCCAGCCUGGAAGAGCCCGCUUGAAUGUGGAUUUUGACCCACAACUUUCUGAACCCUUACACGCCGCUGUUUCUUCAUCAAUAAAAUGGGAACAUUCGCAGUCUUUUCUCAGGACUUUGUGCAGACAAAAAAUUUAUCAUAGAAAUCACCCCACACAAUGCUUGGCACAUUGAGAACACUCAGCACAUCUUAGCUUUAUUUCUUUCGUCUCUGAAAAAAGUGAGCAGAGUUAUUUGUUCCCAUCUUCUGUGUCCACAGCUUGGUCUCAGAGAACACAGUAGAUGUGUAGUCAGUUUGUUGAAUAAAUAUGCUUGAUGGAGCUUCAAUACCCACCCCCACCCCCUUCUCCCAGAAUCUGCAGGGAGAGGUCAGGACGUGACAACACCAGCAUGCCAGUGCUGUCGGAGGACUCUGGUUUGCAUGAAACCCUGGCCCUGCUGACCUCCCAGCUCAGACCUGACUCCAACCACAAGGAGGAGAUGGGCUUCCUGAGGGAUGUUUUCAGUGAAAAAAGCCUCAGUUACUUAAUGAAGAUUCAUGAGAAGCUUCGCUAUUAUGAAAGGCAAAGUCCAACCCCAGUUCUGCACAGCGCUGUGGCCCUCGCUGAGGACGUGAUGGAGGAGUUGCAGGCCGCCUCCGUGCACAGUGAUGAGAAGGAGCUGCUCCAGCUGCUGUCCACCCCGCACCUGAGGGCUGUGCUCAUGGUACAUGACACGGUUGCCCAGAAGAAUUUUGACCCCGUUCUCCCGCCUCUGCCUGACAAUAUCGAUGAGGAUUUUGAUGAGGAAUCUGUGAAGAUCGUCCGCUUGGUGAAGAACAAGGAACCCCUGGGUGCCACCAUCCGGCGGGACGAGCACUCAGGGGCUGUCGUGGUGGCCAGGAUCAUGCGAGGAGGCGCAGCAGACAGGAGCGGCCUGGUCCACGUUGGAGACGAGCUCCGAGAAGUGAACGGGAUCGCAGUCCUGCACAAGCGGCCCGACGAGAUCAGCCAGAUUCUGGCCCAGUCCCAGGGAUCCAUCACCCUAAAAAUCAUCCCAGCCACCCAGGAGGAAGAUCGCUUAAAGGAGAGCAAGGUGUUCAUGCGCGCCCUCUUCCACUACAACCCUCGCGAGGACCGGGCCAUUCCUUGUCAGGAGGCGGGCCUGCCCUUCCAGCGCAGGCAGGUCCUGGAAGUGGUGAGCCAGGACGACCCCACGUGGUGGCAGGCCAAGCGAGUCGGGGACACCAACCUUCGAGCCGGCCUCAUCCCCUCCAAGCGGUUCCAGGAGAGACGACUAAGCUACCGGAGAGCCGCGGGCACCCUGCCGAGCCCCCAGAGCCUCAAGAAGCCCCCCUAUGAUCAGCCUUGUGACAAAGAGGCCUGUGACUGUGAGGGCUACCUCAAAGGGCAGUAUGUGGCUGGUCUUCGGAGGAGUUUCCGGCUGGGCUGUAGGGAGAGACUGGGUGGCUCCCAGGAAGGGAAGAUGUCCUCCGGAGCUGAGUCUCCAGAGCUGCUGACUUACGAGGAGGUGGCCAGGUACCAACACCAGCCCGGAGAGCGGCCCCGCCUGGUGGUUCUGAUCGGGUCUCUGGGAGCCCGACUGCACGAGCUGAAGCAAAAGGUGGUGGCCGAGAACCCACAGCACUUUGGUGUCGCUGUUCCACGAUCACCAGGCAUUGCCUGCUAUUGGCAAAUUAUGGGACAAAGGAAUGAUGGGAAGAAAUCCACUCUCAGUAGUCCUCUGAGACCCUCUGAGGCAGAAGCUGGAGGACCACUUGCAUGGUUCCUGCCUGGGGUGGGAGAUACCACCAGGCCCCGAAAGAGCCAUGAGAAGGAAGGAGUGGAAUAUCACUUUGUGUCUAAGCAAGCAUUUGAGGCCGACUUACAUCACAACAAGUUCCUGGAACAUGGUGAAUAUAAGGAAAAUUUCUAUGGAACCAGCCUGGAGGCCAUUCAGGCUGUUAUGGCCAAAAACAAAGUUUGUUUGGUGGAUGUGGAGCCGGAAGCACUGAAACAACUGAGGACCUCAGAAUUUAAACCCUAUAUUAUAUUUGUAAAGCCUGCAAUUCAGGAAAAAAGAAAGACACCACCUAUGUCCCCAGCUUGUGAGGACACGGCAGCCCCAUUUGAUGAGCAGCAGCAAGAGAUGGCCGCUUCUGCCGCCUUCAUAGACCAGCAUUACGGGCACCUGGUAGACGCCGUGCUGGUGAAGGAGGAUCUCCAGGGUGCCUACAGCCAGCUCAAAGUGGUCUUAGAGAAGCUGAGCAAGGACACUCACUGGGUACCUGUUAGUUGGGUCAGGUGACUUUAUCCCAGAACAUCCAAGCUGGAUGGGACCUUGAAGAUCAACUAGUCCAGACUCCCUCAUUUUAUCAUCAAGGAAUCUUGAGCGCAGAGAGGGGGAGAAUUCUCCACAAACUGCAUCGUCGAGAAGAGUUUAAGUGGGAAGUCUUGUUUGUUGUUGGUUUUUGUCUGUUUUUUUUUCACUGCACUGCUUUGGAUCAUGAUUUGAAAGGGGCAUAUCAGAAAACAACACAUUUCAUUCAUUAAAGUAUCACAGGCAAGCUGACCCUGAUUCUUUGUACCAAAGUUAAAUAGCCACUGUCUUUUGCAGGUGAUAGUGGUUAAUUUAUACAGUACUGAUUUGCAGAAUUAAUUUAAGUAUUUUAAACAUAGUGACGCUUAGUAGUUUUUUUGGAAGCUAACUUGUUUUAUCCAAGGGGAUUUUACAUGUAACUGAAAUUCCCCUGUCUUCAAGCACUAAAAUGUUGAUCUUAACCUUUUUUUGAAGUGCUUGCCUGGUAAUAGAAAAUUGGGUCUCUGCCUGUUUUAAAAUAGUGAAUAUACGUAAAUUGUCUCUGGAAGGCUGAGGCACACUUCACCAUCAACAUCAAUUACUGUACUAUUCUGUACUGCAGUGGUGCCUUCAGGGACUCGAGGAAUGUAAGGUUGCCUUUCCCGUUUCUAAAUACCCUCGGAUUCCUAACAUCGAGCCCUUGCUUUGUUUGAUUUGUUCUAUUCCAUCCAUUGUUCCUUUUGUUACUGACAGUUGCCUUGGUCCUAGCCAGUCCCUGCCAUGAGAUCAUAGGGGUUCCUGUUGUGCUAGAUCUUGGGAAACCAAAUGACUCUCCCUGUCAAAACUAUGGCUAUGCCGCUGUAAACCAUUUCUGUCAAGAAUAAAAGUAUGUAGACCCAGAGUGUGGGCCUAA